AUGGCUGGAUCAUCGUCGCUGCAGUGGCAGGCGGAGGAGGCGUGGCAGGCGUACCUGCGGCAGCAGCGGUCGCGGAUCGGGUGGGCGCAGUACCUCCGGUGCCGGCCCAUGGCCCUUCUCGGCAAGGCGGGCGCGGACGACGGCAACCGGGUCGUGAUGCCGGCGUCGGCGCUGGACGGGAUCAGCUCGGCGCUGGUGGACUACCCGCUCAUGUUCCGGGUCCAGAACGCCGCCACCCUCGACGCCACCAACUGCGGCAUGCUCGAGUUCGGCGCCGAGGAGGGGUUCGAGGACGACCUGGUGCUCAUGACCAGCACGUCGCUCCCCAAGGCCACCUCCGUCAAGCUGCGGCCGCACACCAUGGAUUUUCUGGGAGCCAAGGACCUCAAGCAGCUGCUCGAGUUCAACGUCAGACUGAACACGCCGUGCGUGACGGUCGGCGACACGAUCGCCGUCGCCGAGGGGGACCGGCGGUACCUCCUGGACGUCGUCGAGGCCAAGCCUGCCGACGCCGUGUCCACCCUCGACACCGACUGCGAGGUCGACUUCGCGACGCCGCUCGACUACGUGCAGCCUCCUGCUCCGGUGCCAGCGAAAGUCGCCGCCGCCCCAUGCCAAGACUGCGCCCACGGCAGCGAGCGGCGGUUCGUCGGCGUCGGGAUAAGGAUGGACGGCAAGCCCGCGGAGCAUACGCCGGCCGCUGCGCCUGCGCCGGAGGCCGGUUCUUCGGGGGGUAAGGGGAAGAGUGCUAGUGAGCAUGUGCUUCGGUUCUUCGGCGGCCGCGGCUCGGUGGCGGUGCCACCUCCCGGCCCCAAGAUGGCGAAGAAGAAAGUGGACGGCAAGGAGGACAAGGAGGCCAAAUGGUUCACCGGCCAGAAGUAUACCCUCUAG